AUUUUGUUGUGAGAUGGGUGUUUGUUUCCUCUCCUUUCCGGAUUGCACCCUUGCAAUCUUCCCCGGGUAACAUUCGGUAGCAUCGCUGCUGCGUUUGUGUGAACUAUGUAGCCACCCUGGCCUAGAGUUUGCGUUAAUCUUCUUCCCUCCGCACCUUUAGUUGCUGGGAUGAAAGGUGUAGGCCACCAUUGAUUCUCUAGUCUUAUGUGCAGCAGACAAUGUAUGUGAGGUUUUUAAGUAGGAGGUGGAUGCAGUUGAUUAGCUCAUCUCAGCUACUUACUGAGUUCAGAGCAGCCUGAGCUCUAUGAGCCACGUUCCUCAAAGUGGGGCUAAAUAUCCUAAAUUCCCAAAGCUCGGAGCGUGUUUUAGUCUCCACGAGGGAGCCCCUUACGGAAGCCUGGCGUCGCCAUCUUGCUCCCUGGCGAGGCGUGUGUGCGUCAUGCGCCGCAAUGGCCGGAUAGGGGACGCCGCUGCCCGUAUCUAAGAUGGCGGCUGCAGGGGGCGUGGCCAGCGAUGGAGUCUCUGAGCGCUAUGGCGGCGGCAGUGGAUCCCAGUUGGGAGGACGAAGAUGAGGAGGAGGAAGAAGAGGAGAUAGAGGAGGAGCAGUUUGUUCUGGUGGAAUUGUCAGGAAUUAUUGAUACAGACUUUCUCUCCAAAUGUGAAAAUAAAUGCAAGAUUUUGGGAAUUGACACCGAGAGGCCCAUCCUGCAAGUGGACAGCUACGUUUUUGCUGGGGAAUAUGAAGAUACUCUUGGGACCUGUGUUAUAUUUGAAGAAGGCGUUGAACGGGUGGAUCCAGAAGGGAAUGAUAAAACGGUGCUGAAGUACAAAUGCCACACCAUGAAGAAGCUCAGCAUGACGAGGACUCUCCUGACAGAAAAGAAGGAAGGAGAAGAAAACAUAGAUGGUGUCGAAUGGCUGCAGAUGAAGGACAAUGACUUCUCCUAUAGACCCAACAUGAUUUGCAGCUUUGUCCACGAAAAUGAAGAUGAAGCUGCAGGGCCAGCCUCGGAUAAGCCUGUGGAGGCGGAAGACCAGGAGAGUGAGAUGAAAGGUGAUGCAGAGCAGACACACGAGCAGGAGCAGGCGCAGGAAGUGGGGGACCCUGGUCCUACAGGGGAUACCCCUUCUGACAUAGAAAGUUCUGUUUUCAUGGGAACUCAAGAUGGAAAUGUCUCUCAAAACAGCCAGUCGUGAGGUCUAAAGAAGUGGUCCUUAUACAGUGACGGCUGAGCUGCGUAGGACUCACCGUUCUGUGUUGUUAUGACAGUACACGUGUCCAGUUACAGCACGAUUUAGUACGCUAGAGUCAUGCAGGACCCACAGGAAUUCAGUUUUUAUAAUGUUGGGGGGUGGGGGGAGUGUGUGAGUGCCAUAGUUAAAAACACUGGCUGCUCUUCCAGAGGACCUGGAUUUGAUUUCCAGUGUAUAUGUAGCAGUUUGGAGCCAUUUGUGGCUUCGAUUCUAGGAGAUCUGAUGUCUGUUUCUGGCCUCUGUAGGCCUCAGGUUCGCUCCUACCUUUCGUGGGUUCUGGGAAUUAAACUCAGGUCAUC